AUGUCGUUUUCAGAAUCAGGAUUAAAAACUGAUUUGAAACAGACUAAUAAAAAGACUGCGAAACAAAAAUGUCUUCUGAAUUCAAAGUUGACAAAUUUCAUUAAACUUCGAGUAAGACGUUCAAAAAUUUAUGAUAUUAAACAACAGUUGAAUAACAACGAUGUUUCACAGCAAGUAUUUAAUAGUCGAAAAUCGACAUUGUCAUCAUUUCAAUUGAAACGAUUAAUGGAUAAUAUUUCUACUCCUCUUAAACGAAAUGAUAUAUUAACAAAAUCGAAUUAUUAUCAAUUUAAUGAUCAGAAAAAUAUUCAUCAUCGUCGAAUAAGACUGAAAAAAUUCAAAUCAAAACAAAAUUCUAAUAUAAAAGAAAUUGAUUAUAAUAAAUUAGAAAUAUUGUUUGAUAAUAUAAUUAAAUGUAAAAAAUCAAUCAAUAUUCAUAGAUGGGAUGAUUUCUAUCAAUCAAAACUUAAACAAUCGUUGAUACCGAUUGUUAAUGACAAAUAUAAAAAUAAGUAUAUCUCUGACAUACAAAUUACAAAAAAAAAUUCAUUGUCUACAUUGGCAAAAACCAUAAAUGUGGUUGAUAAAGGAAAAGAAAAAGAUGAUAGACGAAUCGAUCUUAUAUCUCAAAAACGUCGAACAGAAAUUAUUUAUUCUCAACGAUCACGACUGAGAGAAAUUAAACAAGAAAUUGGUUGCUGUUUAAUACAAUUCGCAAAAUCACAUCAAGUUUUAACUUUAAUUAUUCUUGCAACAAUAUCAAAAGAGCGUAUGCUCAUUCAAACUAUCGGUCGUCAUUGUUCAUUCAAUCGUCAACAGUCAAAAUUAAAUUGGUUCUGGCAACAAAAUCCAUUUAAAUUUGGACGAUGUAUGAAACAUCAUUUUAAAAAAAAAUUCAAACUAUUUACAAGAAAAAACAAACUAAAUAAAUCAAUAAUGUCUUCCUCAUCGUUGACUGGUAAUAAAUAUAAAAAUAUUUCUAACAUGAAUCAGAAUAUGAAUAUGAAUACAUCCACACAAGAUCAAGAUUCGAUAUAUAUCACAGCAAGACCAACACAUCAAUUAUUUUCUCAUCGAAACAAUAUACAAUCGAUAUUUUCAUCCUUCAAUAGAAAUGAAACAAGUUUAAAGAAAGCAUUAUCAUUGCCAUUAAACGAAACGUUAGAGAAACAGGAAUCAAUAACAACAACAGUCAACAUUCCAUUAGCCCCACCAUUUCCAUUAACCUUCAUCAAAACGUCACAUUCAAAAACAGUUCAAAAUCUGAAAUCAAGUGAUUUUAAUGCUUCAAUACAAGCUACCAAAGAAACAAAUUAUAAUCGAUCAAUAACACCUUCCGGUACAGAUCUCUCGUUAUCGAUGAUAAUACGACCAAGUAAAUUAAAUAAAAUACCAAAAAUUAUUCAAACAGUUCCAUUUCAUCAUGCUAAAACUUCGUUAAAUUCAGUUCAUAGUCGUGGAGCAAUUGUUAAACCUACACAUCGAUAUCGUCGCCGACAAACGCCAUUGACCCCUGAUGUUUUAGCCAUGGCAAAACUAAGACGACCAGAACAUAUUAAAUCAAGUAUAGUGCAACGUAUUGAAGAAUUGAAAUUAGCCUCAAUUCUACAGAGCACGAACAAUGAUAGUCAUGAACAACAGUCAGAACCAUCAUCUGUUAAUCGACGUUGUGCAAGAAAUAAUCAUUAUUCUAACCCUUCUCCCAUAGUUAUAGAUAAUGAUAAACAAUUAUUAGUAACAUGCCAAAUAAAAAAUGAACAAGAACGUGAUUGGAUUAAACAGAAUAAUGAAUAUUCAGCUGAACUAUUAAAUUCAACUAGUUUAAAAAUAAAUGAAAAAAUAUUUCGAAUCCGCUCGAUUGAGUAUUUGAAUGAUCAUACAAAUAAUGAACAAUUAGUUCGAUUUCAUCUUGAUAAACAACAAGAAGAACAAAUAAAAUCAGUAAUUAAUGUACAUACUCAAACUACUGAUCGAACAAUGUUACCAAAAUGUUUUAUGACAAUCAGUACUAUAACCAUAUUAAUAAUGAGUGUAUGGCAUCUAACGGAAAGUGCAUUAAAUACAUUAUUAAUACCUAGUUUACAAUUAUUAUUAAAUAUGACGUAUGUGUUUAUAUUAAUUACAUUAGCUAUCGCAUUAAUGUCAGGAACUACAGGUAGUAAUGCAGUUUAA